UGGGGGAGAGAGAGAGAAAAAAAGCGUGAGGAGGGGAGGGGGGACGGCCCGUGGAGGCCAUGAAGUUGCAGGCGGUGAUGGAAAACCUGCAGAGGCAGCAGCGUGCGCGGCUUGAGCUCGAGGCCCGGCAGCAUCAGCUGGCGCGGGAGCAUCGCCAGCAGCAGCCGCCGCCGCCGCGCGCGCGGGCCCGGAUCCAGGCCGGGCCGCAGCAGCAGCAGCAGAUUCAAAUGGAGCAGCGCGAGCCCCGGGGACCAACGGCCGAGGGUUCCAGGGACAAGCACCUGGCAAACGCGCAGCAGCGGCAGAUCGCUGCCCAGCAAGCCGCGGCGCUGGCCGCCAUGAGAGCUGCAGCAGCGGCAGCCGCCUGCGGCACCACUGACGACUCGGCCCAGCGCGGCGGCGCCCAAGAGGAAAUGGACAUGGAGCGAGGCGACAGCCCGAGGCUUUCCGAGAGCAGCGAGGCCUUGUCUGGAGGAGAAGAGAUGGAAGGGGCGACGGAGCAGCGUUAUCCCGACCCUCUAGAGUCUGAGGAAGAAAUGGCUGCCGAGGAAGAGGAGGAGGAGGAGGAAGGGAGAGAGGAGGAGGAAUUCGAGGACGAGAUAGCCGAGGAAGGGGGAAUCGGAGUGAAAGAGGAGCCGGGGACGCACCACUGCAGUGAAGUUCUUCGGCAGCCGGGGCAGCGGCGCCCGGGAGCCGGGCUGCCUUACCCCUCACACCCGCAAAUGCAGCAAGUCCAGGAUCAGGCCGACUGGACGUACGAGGAGCAGUUUAAACAGCUUUAUGAACUGAACAGUGACCCAAGAAGGAAAGAAUUUUUGGAUGAUCUUUUCAGUUUCAUGCAGAAGAGAGGGACUCCAGUCAAUCGGAUUCCUAUAAUGGCCAAGCAGGUUCUGGAUCUUUAUAUGCUCUACGUAUUGGUCACUGAGAAAGGGGGCCUAGUGGAAGUCAUUAAUAAGAAGCUUUGGAGGGAAAUUACCAAAGGCCUGAACUUACCCACUUCUAUCACAAGUGCUGCUUUUACGCUCAGAACUCAAUAUAUGAAAUACCUCUAUCCAUAUGAAUGUGAGAAGAGAGGUCUGAGCUCUCCUAGUGAAUUGCAGAUUGCUAUUGAUAGUAAUCGGCGGGAGGGUCGAAGACAUAGCUUUGGAUCAAGUCUUUAUAACUACUCUCCUGGUGGACCAGCUUCAGUGUUAUCCUCUCCCAAAAUGCAAGUGCCUAUGCCAGGUCCAGCAACAACUAAUGGCAGCCCCAUAAGCCAGCUGGUGAAAAUAAAGAAAGAGGAAGAUUCAGUUAUUCCACUGACGCUGGGGGCUAGACUUCCAAUUUCACUAACUGGUCACCAGGUAGCUGCAGCUCAGGCUGCAGUUGCUGCACAAGCUGUAGCAUUAGACCAGUUGAGAGAAAAGCUUGAGUCCGGAGAACCUCCAGAGAAGAAGUUGGUAGUUGGGAUGGAAGAACAGCAGCGACUGAUGCAGCGGGUUAUUCAACAGAAUCUACUGGCUAUGACAGCCCAAAUACCAAUGAAUAUCAGAAUCAACAGCCAAGCAGAACGCCAAGAAUCAGCAUUGAACCUUGCCACUAGUGGUAUGAACAGUAUCAGUAUGUCAGUGGAGAUCAAUGGAGUUGUCUACACAGGUGUCCUGUUUGGUCAAGGACCUGGAGUAUCUGGUGCAUCCGGCACUAAGGGAAAUAGCAACAAAAGUAACAGUUCGCAAAGCAUACCUGGUCUCCCUGUAACUCGUACACCUCCAUCCUCGUCAUCACAUGCUUCAAAAAACUCAUCACCAUGAGACUGCAUCUAUAAUAAUGCCAACAUGAGCACAGUGCAUCACCGCCAAACACUUUAAAAGGAUUUCUCAGGCUUUUAACUCUCAAGGAAAAUUAAGUUUUAUUCGUCAGAGGUUUAAUUAGAGUGGCUAAAACAGGGAUCCCACAGUUGAGUAUAUUCAUCUGUGUUAUAAAACUUUCUAUGGUUACCUCAUGGGAUCCUGGAGCAGCUAUGUACUACUAAUACCUCAAGCAUCUACUUAAUCAAGAAGGCUGAUUUAUUAUUGGUUACAUUUUUUUUUCUUUCAGCCAUGUUCAGCUUUUAAAGAAUAUAUGUGUAUUUCCAUGAUGUGCUAUUUUAAUUGAGAUUUAUAAGUGAAUAUUGAUAUUUUUUGAAGGAAAGGAAUAUUUCGGCUACAUCUAUGAUAUUGCUUAUUUACUAUAUUCAGUUACUGCCGAUCAAGAAAAGGAUAAGCUAUUUCAAUGUUUAUCCACUUAUGUAUAUCAUUCUUAUACUUGUAGCAAUAUACAGACUUUUACAGCAGUUCAGCAUAUUUAUUAUAAACAUUACUUAAUAUAUUUUUGAGUUUCACAACAGGACCCUAAUACAGUGGAGUUUCUUCAAAUCAUAAAGCAGCAAACUAUUCUAAUCAAAGUCAGUUUUUAAUGCAUUUCGGGGGAAAGAAAAUGGUAAAUUUUAACCGUGGUGCUCAUCAUGGCUCUUUUAAUUCUGAUCGUAUAUGUGCAUAAAGAUCUUCAUUUUUCAUUUAAUUGGUUCAUGUUUAGCACUACUGCAGCGAUGUUGGGACUACAAUUUGUUUCAUCAUUUGUUAAGAACUUGCGUGCUACCCAUUAAAUUUCCAAGAAAUCGCAAUGAACAACAUUCCCUUUUGACUGUAUAGUUUCCAGAAAUAUUUAUAUGCCAUUUUUCUUGCAAUUCCAUUUUUUAGGCAACUAAUCUGAAAUUCUGCUAACCAAUUGCCCUGAGGUCUCGCUGUUACAAUCACAGGGGAAACGUACUGAGCCAACUGUCCUCCCCUAAAUAUGUGGCUUUAUUUUAUAAAUGCAAUGUAGAAAACUAUCCUUAAACCUUUAACCUACAGUUUGCAUAUCAUAUUAUGGUGGCACACCUCGGUCAAAAUAUUAGUAGUAACAAACAUUUAGAUGUGUACAAAGACUUGCAAUCAUAAAAUAUUUAUUCCUUUUAUCUGUUUUUGAAUUGAGAUUGAAUUUGCUUGGCAUUGGUCUUCAGCAAACUCCACUGCAUUUACUGUAAUAUUUAAUGUGGCAUUUGAAGUCAAAUAUUUUUUUAGAAUUGGCUUUGUGGUGUUCAACUUGUGGAAAAUAUACUAUUUUGGAAUGUACAUCACCUUUAAAGCAGAUGGGAUAUAGAAAAAUGUUCUGCUUAAUAGAUAAUCACAAUCCAAGGAUAGAUAUUUUUGCAGUGAUUGUGAAAGCCAACCUUAUGCAAGUGCUAUAUAUUCCACGAGAAGAUGCAAUUAGUAAGUUGUUUUGUAUUUAUACAUUUUCAACUGAAUACUUCCACUCUCUUAAAGUAAGUUUGCUAAAUAACAAUUUUUUCUUGUUCUGUUUUACAUUUACACUACUGUUAUUCAUAUAAUUUGUCAAACAUGAUGUUGCACUAACUGCAUCAUGUCUUAUGUGUGUUGAAGAUGACUUAUCAGCGUGCUGAAAUGUUCCUCAAUCGCACUGGGAUGAUUGAAAGGCAAAGAUUGUUAAAGACUAUAUAUUUACUUCUGUUACAGGUUAUUUAGUUUUACUGGCUUUAAGUGAUCAUGGUUGAUGGUGAGAUGCUUGCGAUCUGGAACCUUUGGAAGCUAAUAUCAACUUCUUAAAUAGAAAAUAAAGCAAAUAGAUGUGACGUGUUAUAAAGCUGUUAAAAGCACUAUCUGCAGCCUGUCCUACAAAAAAUGCGCUUUAUGGUCAUGGUUUUUUAGUUUACAGAGCAUUGUUCUAUUGCUCUGUUCUACCUCUGCCUAAUAGGUUGAAUAUAAUUGAAAAUGUAAUGCAGAUCAAGCUUUUAUUAUCAUUGGUAAAGGGUGUAUGGCCUUCAAGUACAUCAAGUUAAUUUUACUUGAACCUCACCUAGCAUUCAGAAUGCAUUUAAGAUGCAUGCCAGAAAUGGGAGUGCUGCCUGAAUCAGUUCGAAAAGAGGGUCAUUAUAUCUGGCACUGGCAUUGGUCGAGCACCAAUGAUGCAAUGUGCUCUCAUUGACUAAGGAAACAUGAACAACCUGGCUGUGUUCAGGACGUUGUCAGGACGCAUUUGAUGAACUUGUACAUUUUGAUCUUUUUUCGGUUUCAAUAUUUGUAAAAGUUUUUCAUGAGCCAUGAGCGCUAUAGUCGCUCCACAUUCUGCAAGGUAGCGCUGAGUGGGGCACCAGUGUAUUGUUUUUAACUUUAUUUCCAGUAGAUUUAGAAUUAAGUUGUUUUAUAUGUCCCUGGAUAAUAUAGACAUAUUUAGACAACUUGUGAGUAAGAUUUGUCAUGUUUUAACCCAUUUACUGCCAUGUAUUCACCCUAUUUCAGAAUUUGUGUAUUCUUGCUAGGAUGUGGUUUGAUUGGAAAUCAUCAUCUUGGGCAAUUGUAUGCAGCAAGUAUUGAUAGGCUACUGAACUGUGGGUGGCAUGAUUGACACGCCCAACUUGUCCUUAUGCAGUCCAGCUUGCAGACAGGGUAGGAAAUGCAGUUUUGUUGUUAAUAAUGCUUAUGUUAGUUAACCCUAAAUAUUGUGGCCUAAACCCGGUUGUGGUGCCCCUUCAGUUCCAACUCUAAUUGGCCGGGUUGUUCUAGUAUUUCAUUGGGUUUUGAGUUGUAAACAAAAGACUAAUGCUUAAACAUUUCACAAGGCAGAGACAUUUUCAGUUGAAAGACGUUGCAUUUGCAGAGAUUUUUCAUAUUUUUGACACAAAGCACUUCAUUGUCAAUAAUUUAUUUCUGAAAAUUGUUCACUUACCUGCAGUCAAACAUUAACAACUAAAUUAUGCAUAUUACAUUCCCUCAAAUGAUAAAUGAGAUGAAUAGUUGAUGAUCUCUUUGGUAUUUAAGUAAGAGUUUUACCCUGUUGGAUGCUAUGGGAAACUUUUUACCUGACGACUGAACAGAAUAUCAACUUAAUAUAUCACUGAUAAACAUAAUCUUCAUCACUCUUUCAGAACCUAUACUGAUAUGGUAGUUAAAUUACACGCGGAAGUUCCAAAAUGUUAAAUCUAAUUUUUCAAAAGCCACUAUUUGUAAGAACCAGAUGUUUAGCUGGGCAAUGCCAAAUGUUUAUUAUUUAAGAGCUGAAUAUUGGUCAUAAUGAUGCUUCAGAUUAACGAUAUUGUUAAAGCAUAAUCUAAAUAUUUUAUUGCACAUUCUUUCCAUCAUUCAGUAUGAACACAUUCAAAGCUGAUUGCAUAGUGCAUACGAGUUUUGGAUGGUAUUACUUUUUGUGGCAUUUUCUCCAGUUAAUGCAAUUUAAUAAUGUAGCUGAAUGUAUUUAUAGUGCUGUUAAUUGAGAGAUAUAGCUUCCUAAAUUAUCUUUUUACUCUGGCACUAAAAUUAAAUACAGAUAACUACCUCAUCUUUCUAAUAUUAUCAGUUUUAAUUUGAAAGCAGCAUAAAUUCGCUGAAUGCAUUACGGCUUGCUAAGAAGAAAGAGCCUGAGGGCAGUUGUUUUAUCACAGUGGAGCUGUUUGAGAUUUUUUGGUGUUUGGGGAGAGAAAUGGUUGGAAGGUUGCAAUGAUGUUGGUGCUUUGUCUGCCCCUGGAUUAUUGACCUUUUAUAUUGGAACAAGAUAACAGUAGAGAAUAAUCUAUUAAAUUUGCAAUUUCCUGUUCCUCCAUAAUAAUGCUUUGCUACUGUCUAAUUGCUGUGAUAAAAUGAUAAUUUAUGUUCAGAGAUAAUAGCACAGGGAGGUUAUAUUGGCUUUAAAAAAAGAGUCGAUAUGUUGUUGUAGUUGACCGAGUGACCUUAUCCUUUUGGGAUAUGAGAUGGAUCCUCAGUUGUUGCUAGCAAACGUGAUUCUUCAAAUCUUUUUUAUGGUGUCAUGCUGUGCCAGAUUGAUUUUUUUUUUAGUGUGAUCCAGUGCAUGUACAAGCACAUCAGAAAUAAUAAAUUAGUAAUCUGAAUUUUCUUUUGGUCUUUGUUUAGUUGAUAUAUGUAUUGAGUUACACUUUUGACAUUUUGACAUGGUUCUGCUCUGGGGUUUAAAAGGUUUAUAUUGCUUUACCAUUCCAGGGAGUGGAAAUAGUUUACCUGCAUAAUCUACGUCCUAGUUGUCAACUUUCAGAUAUUUUCCCCAACUUUUAUUUUGUUAAUUGAUUUUUUUCUGGAGUGUGUGGGGUUCUUUCGUACUUUUAAUUUAAAUAAUCUGCAUUCAACUUCAUAUCUUGGGGAAGAUUUUUUUAAUUUCCCGAUACGUUAGUGAUAUUGUAAAUGUGGUGAGGGUGGAGAGGGAACAUAGCUGUAGCUAAUGAAGUUGCUCAGAUUUCAUUUCAUUUUGCAAUAGAGAAUAGUAAAGUUGUUUAUCAUAUUACUUCUUGGAAGCAUUUUUCCUUGCUAUCAAAAACUCUUGCUUGUUUACUAAAUAACCAUAUCUUAGAGUGCAAGAAAUAAAGGGUCUCAGUGCCUUACACAAAAUAUACCUCCACCCUUUCUACAUGAGCAUUGUGAUUUAAAUACUGAGUUGCUGAUAAACUAACUUUAGAUUCUGAAUUAGCCUGAAUUAGAAUUUAGAUUCUGAAAGAUUAAGAAUUAGCCUGGAAAGCAUAAUUAUGGUUAAUAGUUGUCAGUCAAAUUAGUCCCAAACCAAUAUUUGCUACCUUGAUGAGCUUUAAACAUCAAUGUAGAUUAAAUUGUGAACUGUAUUGUACUAUAAAAAAAAAUGUCCUUUUUCUGAUAAGGAAAGAAAAUUCACAGAUGUUGCAAAUUGGGUAAAAUGAUCACCAAUAAAAUGGAAAAGCUUAGGUACCAAAAGGUCAUCAUGAGGAAUUUAUUUCUUAAAUCCAUGUUGCCAAAUUGAUAAAUCGAUUUAAGUGAGUUAGUAAAAAUAUUGUAGCCAUCAAAGUUUGAUCAUUUCAAUAAUCAUUCAAUAUGAAAACUUUUUUCUGUUUGGAUAUCCUUAAAGCUUUAUGGCUUUUUCAUUUCUUUUGUUAUAUCACUUUGUUCUAACUCGUAAAAAGCUUGAUCAUUUCAAUAAUCAUUCAAUAACAAAACAUUUUUUUACGAUUGGAUACCCUUAAAAGCUUUAUGGCUUUAGCAUUUUGCUUUUGCUAUAUCACUUUGUUCUAUCUCACCCCGCGUUAUGCAGUCCCAGCAUGAAAUUUAUAAUCCAAUCCCACAUUCAAGAGUAUAACUAUUAUCACAAAUUCCUGAUGAGGAGAUGCACUGUUGUAUUAAGCCAUAUAGACGAUAAUAUAAAUCUUGUGACUUUAGAAAUGGAAAUGUUUCCUGUAUACAUAUUCCUAGUUGUAUCUAAAAUCAUUAGUAUGAAUGGGAUAAGAACAUUUCAACCUCCAAGGAGUUCUGGGAAUUUGAAUGAGUAACAUAAAUGGUUCAGACAGAAAACUUUCAGUAGUUAUGACUUCAGAAUUUUAGAGUCAUUGUUAGAAAUAGCUUUGGUUUGCUCUCUGAUUUCCUCUGAGGAACUAAUCUGGUAAUUAAGACAGCAUUCAUCUAUUGCACUAACCCAUAAAGAUCAGUGUCCAUACUGUGAAAAAUUGACUAAUCUCAGUUGGCGGAGUGGAGUCACCCUGUUUGCUGUGAGCAUUUGACCACUAAGUUCUGCAUAUGGUGAUUUGACGUGAAAUUCACAAAUUACAUGAAAUAUAGCUCCCCAAAGUUAGUAACAAUAUCCCCAUGAAAGAAUUUGGCAGAAAAAUAAUGCAGAAGAAAGUCAUACUGUUAACUGCUAUGUUUCUUAAUGAUAUACAUUUCUAUUUGUAGUUGAUCCCUUUGGUCUUUAAAGAUAAUUGCCCAGUUAUGCGACGCUGAUGUAUACCCUGUGAUUCGAGGGAGCUCUUUAAUAAUGUACUGUUGUCGAUCUAUACCCAAAUAUAUUGCUAACCCAUGGAUUAAAUGUUUUGAAAAUUAUGAACUUGGAAAAGCCCAUAGCAAACUUUCAAAACUAAAGUGCAAGUAAAUUAUACAUUUUAACAAAUGUGCUCAGGGUUCGGGUGUGUGUUUAGUAUGGACAAGGGCUUACUGACCAUUUGUCAUUGUACAAUUGAUGCAAGUCGCUGGAUAUCUCUAUCUUCAUGCUGUGGUAAAACAGGAAUGGCAGAUUUAUUGAUAUUGUUGUAUUUAAGUGACCUUAAAAUGUCAGUGCAUUUGGGAUUCUGAAUUUUAAAUAUUAUUAUUAGCUCCAAUGGCUGGAAAUUUAAUUGAAGAAUUCAAGAUGGAGACAUUAGAAUAUCAAAAUUCCUUUUAUAAUUAGCAAAACAUAUUCCAGGAAUAACUUAUUAUUAAAUGGACAUAAUUUGAAAAAAAUAAUAACAUGAUUGUUUUGGAAUCCACAACUAUAAACAGUAUCAGCCUUGCAGAUUGAAAUUCCAUGUUGAAUUUUCUUCCAUUUAACCGUUGCACUGUAAUCGUUAAAUUAAAAACUUUCUGAAUGCAAACCACUGCAAUCUUAAUGUGGCUAUAGAAGCUGUUCUGGAUGACUAUUUUGGCUUUUAAAGGAACAUUGGUUUUGAAAGCUUAUACAGAGAUUUGCACUUCCAAUCUUUUGUUGGUAUUCAAUAGUGAUUUGUGCUUUGACAGUUACAUUUGUGUACUUAUGAUUGGUAAUAUCUAGUCAGGUGGUCCAUCAAGAUUCAAAAGACAGAUUGGAAUUCAGCUUAAUUUGCUUAGUUUAGUAGGAUGGUUUAUAUUGCAUAAUUGUGCAGAAACCUGAACCAGACAUCAGUAACACGAAGUGUUUACCUUGGGGCUAAUUGUGGUCUGAAUCUUACAAAUGAGAAUGAAAAAAAUAUUUUGAAAAGUGAGCAAGACCUCUUGCAGUCCAAAUCUCUUGCCCAGGAAUCCUAAUUUGAUUUGCUUCUGAUGUUUUAUAAAAUGUGGGUAUAAAUCUUCAGAGUAACAGAACUGUUUAAUAUAACCUCAUCAGUAGCAUGAUCGGUAUAUUGAAAAUGUUCUUUUCAAAUAAUAUUUUUUAUUUAUCUGUCAAUUGAAUGAGUGCAUAUUUAGUAAUCCUUCAGAUUUCCUUUUCAUAUUAUGAAUAAUAUGCAUCCAAAGGGCUUAGAACCCUGACAAAGAAUUGUGAAAAUUAUUAAGGUAUACAACAGGAGCCAGUAAAUGGACAGAAAUUGAAACGUCAAUUCAAUUUAAUUGACAUAACAAAUUGGUUGGAGAAGAUGUAAUUACGAGUACAGAAUUGGUUUCAAACUAUGGUAAAACAAUAGUUCUUAAUGUUAACUAAUUUAUAUUGAUUUAUGUUCAGUCUUAUUGUGGACGCAUUUAUUUUGAACAUAAAUUAUUGUUUUUAGAAAUGUGUAGGAGCCAUUAAGCUAUCAAAAUUGGAUUUUGAGAACAUUGUAAAAACUGCCAUUAUAAAAUGUUUUUAGUUUUAAAUCACUUAGUAUCUGCAUGUUAACAAGAAUUUAAAAAUACAAAUAAGAAAAAGGCUUGCUACCCACUAUUGAUCUCAAAUAAAAUGUGAGUGGUAGUGUAAUUCUAUAUCACAACAAAGUCUGAUAAAGGAUACUCUUUAUUGGCAGCAUUUCCUAAAAUGUAAAUUACUUCAUUUCUGUCCAUUUACAUAGGAUUUUCAAUAAGGGCAGUACUUAAUGAGUUGGCAAGUUCAGAUACAAUGACUUGAAUCUAUGUUAAAACAACUAAAUUAAAGCUCACCUGGGGUAAAAAUUACUUUGGGCAAAUAUUUCUUGCAGGUCACUGUAGAGUCAUAGAGUGAUCCAGUGUGGAAAAAGGCCUUUCGGCCCAACUCGCCCACACCAGCCAACAAUGUCCCAGCUACACCAGUCCCACUUGCCUGUGCUUGGUCCAUAUCCCUCCAAACCUGUCCUAUCCAUGUACCUGUGUAACUGUUUCUCAAAUGAUGGGAUAGUCCCAGCCUCAACUAGCUCAUCUGGCAGCUUGUUCCAUACACCUACCACCCUUUGUGUGGAAAAAGUUAAAUCUUUUCCCUUUCACCUUGAACCUAUGUCCUCUGGUCCUCGAUUCCCCUACUCUGGGCAAAAAACUAUGUGCAUCUACCCGAUCUAUUCAUCUCUUGAACUUAACCACCUCUAUAAGAUCACCCCUUAUUCUCCUGCGCUCCGUGGAAUAGAGACCCAGUCUACACAACCUCUCCCUAUAGCCCACACCCUCUAGUCUUGGCAACAUCCUCGUAAAUCUUUUCAGAACCCUUUCAAGCUUGACAAUAUCUUUUCUAUAACAUGGUGCCCAGAACUGAACACAUUAUUCUAAAUGUGGUCCCACCAACGUUUUAUACAAUUGCAACAUGACCUCCCAACUUCUAUACUCAAUACUCUGACUGAUCAAGGCCAAAGUGCCAAAAGUCUUUUGACCACCUUAUCUACCUGCGACUCGACCUUCAAGGAACCAUGCACCUGUACUCCUAGAUCCCUCUGCUCUACAACACUACCCACAGAUAAUGCAGAAUCUUGGUACAAUUUAACAGCUUCUGGUAGACAUGUCUCAAACAACACUUGAAACGUUUACCUAUACUGCAUUAAGCCAUUUUCCGUCUUGAAACUACAGUAUAAGAGAAACAUGCAGAUUGUUUUGAUUAUUAUCAAAAUGUAAACCCAGUUGCUUGAAUAAUUUCUUGCAGUGUGUGAUUAAAGGUCAUUCCUGCAAGUUGAAGGGUUUUUUAGAUGUUAUUAUUUUAAUCAUUGUGUUUAAAUAUUGAAAACCUAGUAUUUGCUUUUCCUAUUUUCUUCUUAAUCUACUAGGGUGAUGAUUGCUGUAUACCAAAGACAUAAAUGAACACACACUUUAAAGAAAGCAAAAGCACUAUGGAACAUACAGCUUUGAUAUUGUCCAUUUGUCCUUGCUGUGUACAUGCUAAUAAUUAAUGCUAUAUUGAUAGAAAAUUGAUAGAAUUAGAAUGAAUAAUGACUAUUAAAUAUAUACUUUUGUGUCAAUGUGCUGUUUACAAUCUAGUGCCGAAUAUUAGAAGCUAGAUUGUGAUUCUCAGGGUUUUUUGAAAACAUUAACUGCUGUAUAUCUUUCAGUGAUUGUAAUAAUCAAAUAUUGUGCAGGCCUAUCUUACCUCGUUAUUUCCCCUCAAUAUUAAUUCAUUUCUUGACAUAUUUGUGGGAGCCUGUUUUAAUUUAAGAAAAUUACUAGGCAAAUGUAAGACUAGCAGCCUUAAAUCUAGCAUGCAAGAAGGUAUAAGAAUAGACAUUUCCAGUUGAAAAGUCAACAUAGUUGAAUAUAUUUCUUCUAUCCUUUUAAAUGAAAAGGUAAAGACACGUGGGGAAAAAAAAAAUAAAGAUGCGAUUUUUCAAGUGUUUUAUUCAACGUGGAAAAACUAAAUCUACAAUGGGAUUAUUGGUAAAAGUAAAUUAGUAGUCUGAUGAGUAAAAUAAUUUGAAAUGCGAAUAGAACUUUAGAGAGCAGUCAAAGUAAUGCAAAAAGGUAUAUCCUUGCAAAUGUAAAUUGAAGAAUUAUAAAAAAUGAAAUAUGGUACUGAGACAUUGAUUUAAAUGUUUUAUUCCAUCUGCAAACAUGAAGACAGAAAUCAAAAAUAAGCUUCCACAAAUACGGCUUCAAGUUUUAUUUUGUGCUAUGAUUGUUUCCUUGGUUUUUUUUUGUUUUCAAUGUUUAUAAAUACUGAAUAUUUUGUAUUUGUUUUAAAAUGUCACUUAUUCAAACUGGUUAGAACAGGAAAGUAAAUUUCCCAACUCAGGAAAACCACUUACACAGAGCCUCAGCUAUAAAAAUGUGAUUUUUAUCCCUUUCCGUUGCCUUGUUUUGUGUUCAUAUUUCUCUAUUGUACUGGUGUUAUGUGACUUAUCACUAGUGGUUUACAUUUUAUAACUGCAACAAAUUGUAUUUAACCCUCUGGAUAUUUAAAAGGAUAAAAAUGCAAAUGUAAAAUUGGCAGAAUAUUGAUAAUAAAUCUAAAAGUUCUG